AUGCAUCUUCCCCGCCACAGCCAGUCUAAUCCCACCGAUGUCCGCCAGAACGACCGAUUGGCAGCCGCUCGUGGCUCACUCACGAUGGUAAUCGACCAGGACAGCAGCAGCAGCAGCGGCCCGCAGAACGAAAACCACGCAAACAACCCCAACACUGCUCCCACCCUCAUUCUCCGUGCAGGACCACUCCAAGACUCUCAGCUACCUCGCCAACCCCGAGUGCAGUGGCAAGAAAACGUGGUUGAUAACGAAGGCCUUGGUCGGAAGAAGAGCAAAGUCUGUUGUAUCUACAACAAGCCCAAGGCUUUCGACGAAUCUUCCGACGAGUCUGAUCACUCCGAUUCGGAUUGCUGUCCAUCACGUUCCCCAGCCCCCAGACCACGUCCUUCGACCAACUCCACCACCCAAGCCCGACUGGGCUCACCCAGUCAACCCGCCCAAUCCCAUUCACUGCCCACCCCUCCUCGAUCUCCGAACGCAUACGAAGCUGAACCCAGCAAAUCUAAAGGCAAAGGAAAGGCGUGCCUGAAUGUAGGCUUUGCUGAAACUGCCAUCAACGAUUCCCCGUCAAAUCCAUCAUGA